GUCAGUGCGGGCGCUGAAACACAAAACCUUUCUGGGGAAAUCGAUUCCUGGAAGCCCCGUCAGUCCGAGGUGAACUGAGCUGUUUUCUGCUCCGCAGUUUACUGAAUAACGAGCUCACUCUCACUGCAGACCACCGGCAGCUCAGAACCAGAGUUAUUUCUCUUAAUUUCUACCACUUUAGCAGGUAGUUAGAGAAAAUGUUUUCUAUUUGGCCACCAUCCGAGGAUAUUCGCCUGUAACUGGGACGGAUCAUUUCUUACUGGGCCGGUUCUCCAACUGACAACAAGUCUUAUGAUUUCUUUUGAUUUAAGUGCUGCUGUCAGUCAGAGAUGGUUGCCCGGGCAGUGACCAUUUUCCAUCAUGAGGAGCAAGGAGGAGGUUCAUGCUGCCCACAUCCUUCUCCACCACCCCGGGAGCCUGCAGAGGACCUCUGCUGCAUAAGCACCAACCUCCAGUAUCUACAGACCUCAGGCUGGUACUGGGGUUCCAUCUCAGCAAGUGAAGCUCGGGAGGCUCUCCUGCAGAAACCUGAAGGCACCUUUCUGAUGCGAGACAGCAGUCACCCUCGGUACAUGUUGGCCCUUUCAGUGCAGACCCGCUAUGGACCCACCAGCGUCCGCAUUGAGUACAGCCGGGGCUCCUUCUGGCUGGAUUCCAUUUCCUCCAGCCUCCCUCAGCUGCAGUCCUUCCCAGAUGUUGUCAGUCUCAUACAGUACUACACAGGCUCAGGCCAAACACCACAGGGCCAUUCUUCUAGUGACAGCCAUCCUGAACCCAAGCCUGACCCAGAGAAUCACACAGCUAAGGACAGCGGGGUGCCUCUAAAGCUGAAGCACCCACUUCACAAACCAGACGCCUUCCCUUCUCUGCAGCAUCUUACUCGCCUCACCAUCAACAGGCACACAACAGACUGCCCCAGCCUACUGCCGCUCCCAAAACCUCUGCUGCACUACCUGCAGGACUAUCCGUUCCGCAUAUGAGGGUCUGAAUCCCUAAGAUACAGGACGCAAAAAGUGUGUCAUGAUCACACUCCAGGAAAACACAAUGGGAAUAUGAGACUUUUUUUUUUAAAAAAGGGAACGCUGAAAAGCUUUUAGGGACAAGAAACGUCAGCGUGAGCUAGCUCUAAUCUAGAGCGUUACAAUGCAAGAACACUAUUCUACACAAUAAUUUUUAUGUCCUUUUCAACUUAUCUAUAUUUUGUUCCCACAGUGUUUUUUCCUCUUCCACCUCUUAUAAGGGAGUAAUCUACCUUUUUGCAUGUUUUAGCCCAUUUUCUCCCACAAAAGAAAAUAAUUCUCAUGAAUAAAUCAGUUCAAACACAACUUCUGAUUGCAUUCUUGUUGGAUGAGGGAUACCAUAAGAAAGCCUUCACAUUUUUUUCUUGGAGCCCCUGUUUUUCUUUGCUUUAUUAAAACUAGUUAACACUGAAACAUCGAGUAGAGAAAAGAAACCAUAUACAGCUUUUUAACUGAAUAGUCAUCACAAAAUUGGACAGUAUUUUGAUUUCUUUCAAAUGCCGCAUCUUUUUCUAAAUUCAGUGUUUUCUCCGGGGACAUAAAGUGUUCUUAACUACGUUAAGAUGUUUGUUUAUGACCUGUUUUUAUUCUCAGAAGAGGAUCAUAAAGGCCUAUGGAUUUUCAAGAAUUGUUGUCUUUUUUUAUCGUCUUUUUUUAUCACUUGUAAACAGCUUAGACAGAAAUGUGAGAAUUGCUGUUUUCAUGGAAACCUGCCUGGGGUGGUUUCCAUGAGGUGCAACUGAGCAGUGUUGAGAAAGCCUCUUAUCAGGAUUACAGUUAGAGCUGCAGUUAUUAAUACACUGUUGCACCAACUGAGAACAGACUAUCCCUACCCGCCUAUCUCUGCCCCAAACCGUCAGUCUUAAUCGUUUACAUAAUUUGUAGGUCAAGAAGUAAACUAUCAGCAGCGCUAGGACCUUUUCUUAUUUCAGUCUGUAUUAAGAAAUUAAAGUAUUAUUUUUCUGGCCAACAGUUGAACUCAUCUCCAGAUUUUUGACUCUCUCAUGCAGAAUUUUAUAUUGCAGUAUUAGAAAGAAAUUAAAGUGUGCAAUUAAGAUAUCCAGUGUGAAAGUACACAUAAUGCAACUGCCCCUUGAACGCUGUGAUUUAAUCAUAUAUCCAGAACCUAUUAUUUGAUCAUAAUAUUGGAUAGAAAUUAGAGACACUUCAAUCAUUUCAAUGCAAUUUAGUGGGUGAAUCUAACCCUAUUCUCCGUUAACUUGGGGUGGUUUAAUCUUUUUCAAUUUUAAAUAUUCAAUAUACUGAGUAAUCCCUUUAAACUCUCUGAGUUUGUAUGGGCACAGUAAACCAGUAAAAUGAAUGUAGUUAUAUUAAAAUACAGCAUCCCUUUCCAAAACCUAAAGGAGCACAAAUAUAAACUAGUACUGCCCCCAGUUGUAAAGUCAUAUAGAGGCCCCUAUGAACUCAAUGUUCACUGCAUGUAAACGGGCAUGAUGUAUGUUGAGGUCUUCUGAAAGUAUAAAGUGCAUUCAGAAAGUAUUCAGACCCCCAUUCACUUUUUUUUUUAAUUUUGUCAUGUUGUAGCCUGAUAUUACAGUUCUUUAAAUCAUUUUUUCUCACAUUAAUCUAAACUCUAUACAUCAUCAUGACAAAGUGAAAACAAAGUUUCAAGAUGUUUACAAAUGUAUUAAAAAUGAAAAAUUGAUGUGAUUUGGAAGGGCUCACACUUCUGUAUGGAAGGCCUCACAGUUGACAAUGCAUAUCAGAACAAAAACCAAGCCAUGAGGUCAAAGGAACUGCAGAGCUCAGAGACAGGAAGUUUGGCAACAAGGACUCUUCCAAGAUCUUUUCACCUGGCUGAACUGAGCUUUCUGGGGAGAAGGGCCUUGGUAAGAGAGGUGACCAAGAACCUGAGGGUCACUCUGACUCUAGAGAUCAUAUGUGGAAAUGAGUUAAAGUUCCUGAGGGACAACCAUCACUGCAGCCCCCCACUGAUCUUGACUUUAUGCCAGAGUGGUUGGAUGGAGGCCUCUAAAGUUCACUUGGAGUUUGCAUAAAAGCACAUAAAGGACUCUCAGACUGCACAAACAAACAAGAUCCUCAAGAUUAAACUGUUUAACCUCAAUUAUAAACUUUAUGUCUGGAGGAAACCAGGCACUGCUCAUCACCUGCCCAAUACCAUCCCAACAGUAAAGCAUGGUGGUGGCAGCAUCAUGCCGUUGGGGUGUUUUUCAGCAUCACAGACUGGAAGGCUGGCCAGGGUUGAUGGAAAGCUUAAUGGAGCAAAGUACAGGGAUAUCCUCAGUGAAAACCUUCUCCACAAUGCUCAGGAACUGAGACUGAGCUGAAGGUUCACCUUCCAACAUGACAAUGACCCUAAGCACACAGCCAAGACAACACAGGAGUGGCUUAGGGACAACUCAGUGAAUGUCCUAGAGUAGCACAGCCAGAGCUCUGAGUUGAACCCUAUCAAACAUUUCUGGAGAGACCUGAAAAUGUCUGUCUCACCAACAGUUCCCCAUACAACCUGACUGAGCUGGAUAGGAUUUGCAGAGAAUGGCAGAAAAUUCCCCAAUCAAGGUGUGCAAAGCUUGUGUCAUAUUUGAAAAGACUCAAGGCUGUAAUCGUUGACAA